AUGAUGCAAGAAACUCCGUGCUCGUUAAGGAAUAAAACGAAACGAGAUUACAGUACCAAUCAAGAUAGCCUAAGAACGAAACAUUUUCAACAUAUUUCGGCACAAGAUUUGAGGUUAGUACUGCGAUAAUAAGUUGAUGGAUGUUAAGAAUAGCAAGAACCAGAUUAUUUUUGUAUGUAGACACUUUGAGGACUUCAUUGAAAACAUCCAAUAAUGGAUGCUUUUGUUUCAAAUGACGGAAGAAGAUAAGAAAAUCUUGAAUUUACAUUGUGCUUGAUUACCUUUACUUAUGAAGGCUUUUGCAUGAACAUACACUAAGGCGAUCCAUUAAUUCUAUAAAUUGAUGCAUUUCAAAUUAUUUCCUUUACAAAACAUCAAUUAUUUCAUUGCUUGUGGUAAAGCUAAUGUAAAGUGAUUCUAAAGAAAGCAAACGUUUUCAAAACUUUCGCAAUGAUCUUUCCUCGUGAACAGCAAGACAUUUAAAUAAUCAAAUAUUCUACAUUUUUGGUUUGCUAUCCUUAAAUUCAAUAUUCUUUCAACGGCCUCAAGCCCUUGUAAUCUUGCUUGAGAGAAAAACCGCAUUCAGCGAUAUUUAGGUUGAAAUAUAACAAAAUAUGCACUGUUUCAUGAGCUUUAGUCUCGGUAAUUCACAGUAGGUCUGGAGCAAAACAACACUGAGUUUAAUUCAAACCCUUCAACACGUACCUAGGACCUGAUCAAUAAUUCUCCCUCCUAUCGGCCUUAAUUUUCCCUCUAAUUUGGCUUAGCGAGCGCGUUGCUAUAUCAUUUCCAUCAGCCAUUGCUUGAUAAGGUAUAAAUUACACUGAAAGGGAAGGUUUCUAACGAGAUAAGGACCCUUCAUUCUUGAAUUAUCAUUUCGGUGGAUUAUUUUGAGAAUAAAAGAGGUCAUAAAACAUUUAUAUCGUUAGUUCUUCACUUCUCAGUUUUAUUGUAGAAACAUUUUAUAAACUGACACUCUCGUGCGGCAUUCGCAGACUGAUCAGAUGGUCGUCAUAGUAACUUAUCACCAUUCUUGAAAAGUCAGACAGAUUUUCUGAUUUCCUUCAUCCUUUUGUCAAUCCUCUUCUUUACACCUGCUUUUAGAACUGCCUCACAACUGUUUGCCCCACAAAAUCACCCAUAUUAACCUGCCUUAAUCUAAGAUUAUCUUCCCCGUGAUCUUCGUUUGUCUUUCCAUUUUGACAUCGUCUCCAUUUCAAGAUCCCACUUAACUAGCAAUCAUGUUUAGCUAUAAACACUUUGCACCAUGCCAAGUAUAUUUACUUAGUAGUGAAGGAUAUAAAUUUCUCACUCAUUUUGAUAUGAGGAGUUUUUGAUUGCAGGAAUAGGAACCUUGAGCACGUUCAAAUACUGAGCAUAGUAAUUACGAGAAUUAUUCUGUAUGAAUUUAUUCAUAAACGAAAUAUACCCUUUCUCGAAACAGGUAGUAAAUGGUAAGGUCAUAUCUCCUUGAUCCGGACAGUCUACCACAGGAAAAUUUUCAUCAGCAUUUUUCUUUUACUAAAUCUAGUGAUUGCUCCCGUUUCCUGUGUUCCUAACCAAGAUCCAGUUCUAUUUUUGCAAAUUGUAGAACUCAGUUCUUGACCAAGAUUGCACUCCAGAAUUGCACUGGUUUCACUUUGAGCGCUCGGGCAUUAUCCUUGUGAUAUUUUCCUAGGUCUUAUUUGGCUUCCAUUUUGGUUUAACGUCACUCGGUGGCAGUGCACUUCAGUACCAAACUUAAAUUCAGUAGCGUUAUGGACGAGAGAUUAGCAAGAAGGGUGAUUUAUUGGUGAAAUUUUAGUAUUUUAUGUUUCUGUUAACAGGAAUUCCUCCAUUGUAUCACGAGGAGAGGAUAUCUGUGGCUGGGAAAUCAGUCAGUUAUUGCUUCUACAUGAUGACUUGGGUAAUAAGGAAACAGAAGAAUAUUAUCGACAAAAAAAAUAAAAUAUAUAUAAUUCCCUAUGUUAUUCAGUUCUUGGAACUCAAAAUAUGAAAUAUAUACGUACAGCUUGGAUAAUAAUUAUCUGAUCUAAAGAAACCAGUCUGUCCUUCAAGAAAUUAACGAGAACUUACCGCGCGUAAUUUAAAAUUUUUCCCCUGUUUGAGUUACCUGUUGGAACUAUAAAAAUGAUCCUGAAGGUAGAAUACAGAGGUGGGUGAGAGCUUUCACGAAACAAGUUUCUAUCAAACCUCUGAAACUGGUUUACGUAGUCUUUCAACUGAAUUUAAAGACAAUUUUAGAGGAGAGCUUGUUUUUUUUCCCCAAAAUGAAACCUAGAGACCCUAGCCUAACCAGGCGUUUGAACCAUAAACUACUUAUGUAGGGUAAAGCCAGCUUGAAAGUUAUAAUGUCUGAACUUUAUUAUAUCUCACUGUCUUUUUGUUUCAUGCUUUGAAGGAAUUGUCGAGUGGCUUAAUGAUGAAGAACGAUCGAUGUUUCUUAUAACAAACAGAGCUGGUGAGCGAAUUGAAUGUCUCUUAUGCUGAAAUCUAACACUUGACAAGUCAGCUUCUCAAAAUUCUAAUUGCGAAAGGCCCCCUCUCGUAUUUCGAAAUCGGGCCGAAGGUGUGGUAAAAGGAACUUUAGGUUAUUUACGGGCGUUUUUCUUGCUCAGGCAGGUAACAGUUAAGUGUCCAGAGACAAUCAAAUAAACAACGCUGAUAAGACGUGCUAGAUCCCUACCCCACCUCUAUUAGGAGACCCCCCUCAACCCCUCUGUCGGCAGUGUAAGGGGAGUGGCCUCAUUCUAGCUUAUUCAAUUAUCAAGAACUCUUUAAAUUUUCAUCUGUUCCCUUUCGAUCAUUUUAGACUGGUGUCAUUCAUACAGUGGAAGUUUCACAUCAAGAUCCGCUGUUAACAUGUUAGAAACAGCACAAAGCGAUAGGUCGACCAUGGACACAUUGUUAUGCCGUUUACACGAAGAAAGCUCUCGACACUCCGCACCCAAUAAUCUCCACAUACUGCGUGGGAUCCCAAAAAAACCUGAUAAGCAAGAUAAAGAGAUGGGAAAAAAAUUACCCUUGAACAGAACGGCUCGUAAUGCGAGGGUAAACACCAACUGUAACCCUGGCAAACGUCCGGAAAGGAGAGAACAUUUACUUGAUACAGGGCCUGUGUUAAGCCCCGUUGCCAAAAUAUGUAAUUUAGAGAAGAGGCUUACGGCGAGGAGGAAAUCAAAGAUCGAAAAGGGUAUGGAAGGUCUACGACAACCUUUGGCAACAAAAACGCGAAAGGGCCUGGGUACAAGAGAACUUUUCAACCCUUCUGUUGUAUCAGUGAAGGCUGGUGGUUUAGAUUCCGAUUUUCCGAGCAAAGAUAGUCGAGAUUCUCGAAAGACUUUAUACAAGAAGUAUCUACAGUUAUUACCAAUGGACAGCAUGUUGAAAAUAAGAAGAUGCAAUAACCCAAUGAAUAUCCCUUCCACAAAAAAAUGCCUGAAACCUUUGCCGGCAAUCGAAGUGCAGUCGGCCAUGUUUGUUCCCAAACUUUCAUGCAAUCAGAAACAGUUGGAUAAAACUCCGUUUAAAAGCUAUCGGCCAUGA